AAAGUUAUAGCUUCUACAUUUUUAUAAAAUUAAGAAUUUUUUAUAGAAACAUAUUAUUUCUCUAAAUAUUGAUAAAUUAUUGUUUUAGAAAAUACAGCCAUGUUUGUAACCCUAAAUGCAACUCUGCUAGAUAAGCAUGCAUCCCUGGUUUUUCGGCUUCCCUCGGCGCUUCUUUUUUCUCUCAUUCAAAGCAAAACGGCAACUGAAAUGCUCUAGCAUUUUUCGGGUUUCUAAAUAGUUUCUUUAUGUAAAAAGUUAUAAACAAAAGGGUUUCAUCAUGCCACCCAAGUUGGAGCCGAUUAGUGUGCGCACGGCACGCCUGAACAACCUAAUUCUGGGCAAAGGUGCUGGCGUCUGUGCCAAACCCUCUGGAAACGCCAGCGGAUCGGGAGUUUCUGCAUCUGCCAGGAGGAGUAUUAUUCCUGUAAGCGCAACAAGCGCCGCUGUGGCCGAGGCCAUCUGCCGUGAAGGACUUCUGGACGCCUUUUGCCUCUUGUACAAUGAGUGCGACAAGGACACGCUGAAAAAGCGCGAUCGCAACAUCGCCGAGUUUGUCAACAAAUUUCGUCCCAUUGUGGAGGAGACCCGCAAACUGCGGGUUAACGCAGAUGACUUUCUUAUCAAAACGCUUAUUGGUCAAGGAUACUUUGGCAAUGUCCAUCUGGUGGUCGAGCGGCAAACCAAUGAUAUAUACGCAAUGAAAAAGAUCAAAAAAUCGGUAGUGACCACCUCGCAAGUCAAGGAGGAGCGAGAUAUCAUGUCCACCCGUAAUUCUGAAUGGCUGAUUAAUCUGCAGUAUGCAUUUCAGGAUAACGAUAACCUGUAUCUUGUGAUGGAAUACAUGCCUGGUGGGGAUCUUCUCAGCUUAAUGUCUCGUCAUGGUCCUUUUGAUGAGGAUUUGGCUCGUUUCUACCUGGCUGAACUCACAGUGGCCCUUCACACUUUGCACGAGAUGGGCUUUGUACAUCGAGAUAUUAAGCCAGAAAAUAUAUUGAUUGACCGGUUCGGGCACAUCAAAUUGGCUGAUUUUGGUAAUGCCGCUGCCUUGGAUCGAGAUGGUCAUGUUUUGAGCUUGUCACCUGUGGGAACUCCAGAUUACAUAGCUCCAGAGCUAUUGCAGACCAUAUCCACCUACAAGCUGUCCAAGUCGAUGCACGAUGUGAGUAGAACUGUCAGCUGCGAUUACUGGUCCAUGGGGAUAAUCGGAUACGAGCUCAUAUGUGAGACAACACCUUUUCACGAGGAUAACGUACACGAAACGUAUUCAAAAAUUCUGUCUCAUUGCGAGGAAAGUCACCUCAAAGAACUGAUUAGCUUUCCUACCGACUUGAAGGUGUCUAUUAACUAUAGGAAUCUGAUUGAGGGACUGGUUACUAAUCCCUCGAAGCGAUUAUCAUAUGAGCGUAUUAAAAAACACCCCUUUUUUGACGAUGUUCCAUGGAGUUCCAUUCGGUCACAGGUGCCUCCUAUUAUACCAACUGUUAGGUCUGACGAUGAUACCUCAAAUUUCGAGGAUGGGUCUCGGCAUAAGACUCGCAGAGAACAAGGAGUGGCUAAGAAGUCGCUAACGACAAACAUGAAAUCAAAUGAUUUUAGUGGGAGGGAUUUACCAUUCCUUGGGUAUACUUUUGUGCACAUGGAAAAGUCAGCUAUAACCGCCACUACUGAUGAAAAGUUGCAGGAGAAACUAAAAGAUUUGCUGCAGAAACUUAAGACUAGAGAGAAUGAGAUUUCUAUGCUUAAACAAGAUCUUUUACGAGCUCAGCAAUCUCUCAAAAAGACCGAUAACAAAUCUCAGGUCGUUGCCGAUGCCAAAAUGGAGAUUAAGAAACUACAGCAAAUCAUAAAGGAAAAAACAAUGGAGCUAACUACUUGCAAAACGCAGAUCAAGACACUUCAGAGUUCAGCCAAGAUUGACGAGGAAAUGUGGUCCAAGAAAGAAGCUACCAUAACCGAUUUGCUUCGCUUGAAUCGCCAAAAGUACGAAGAAGCCAAAAUCGCUUCAGAACAACGAUAUGAGAAACAAUUGGCUGACAAAAAACAAGAGCUUGCAUCUACACUGCAGAAGUUGGAUGCCCGAGAACUGGAGUUCAAUGCUAAAUUCGAAGAGUGCAAGCAUAUUUCCAUGAAGUUGCAGAACUACAAGGAUAUGCUGCAGCAGCUUAAAGAACAGAACCUCAAAUCAGAGACCAAUAAUGAAGAGCAGAAGCGCAAAAUGGCUGAAUCUUAUGAGCAAAAGUUGGCAGAUCUUCGGAAGAAGGUUCGAGACUCUCAGGAUACACAUCGUCGAAUGACAAUGGAGAUAAAGGAAAUCCGUACUGAACUGGACGAGUCCAUAUGCUCUAGCAAGUCAACACAGGAGGCAAAGAAUGCUACGGAGCGAAACAUCGAGGAAAUAUUAAAGCGACUAAAUCAGGAGAUCGCCUCCAACAAUGAGCUUCAUGCGGAAAAGGUUAAACUGGAGACGAAGCUUCAACUAAAGGAAAAUGAAACCCAAGAAGUAAAAGCAGAAUGCCAUCGCCUUGAGAGGGAACUACAGCUCGCCGAAUGCCGCUGCCAGCUAGCCGAAUCUUCGUUAGCUUCUCAAACUUCUCCAUACGAAACGGCACCAGGAUCUUUGACUGAACUAAAUGCCAUUGAAGACCAACUGCGUGCAGACUUAAUAGCCGCUAAAGAAGGUGAAACACACCAAAAAGGACGCGCCGAUCAGCUUCAGACACUGGUUACAAAGCUGGAGCAAAUGCUAGAGCGAUUCAACGAGCAGAGUCUCUCGCCUACAAAAUCGCACUCAUCGCGUAAACAAGAAACUGAAACCGUGGGUGAUAUGCUCGAGCGGCAGAACGAAAAACUGGAGGAUAAAUUGGCAGCAGUGCGGGAACAAAUGAUUGUGGAGCGUCAGGCUGCGCGUACAGCAAAUCUUUCACUGUGGAAGGUGGAGAAACAGCUUGAGGAAGCGUUAUCCGAGAAGAAGUUACUAGCCCGUCGAAUGGAACUCACCGAGGAUCGGAUUAAAAAGGCUCAAAACGCAAAUGAAGAAUCGCAGAGACUGCUGAAGUCAUCUCAGGAGGAAACACGCCUGCGCGAGUCCCGCAUAGAUGAGCUCAAGCUGGAACUGGCGUCCGCUAAAAGAGAUGUCCUUAAGGAGCAUCGUCAAUGGGAGAAAGCUGAACAGGAACGCAUGAAGUGUAAAUCAGAAAUUAUCGAGCACUUGGCUAAUGUUCACAAACUUGAACAGCAGGAGAGCGAAUUGCGACAGAAACUAAAGCAAGUCCAAAGCCGCUUCGAUGGAUUAACGUUGGAGCAUAAGAAUACCAUGAGAGAGUUGCAGGAUGAGCGAGAGAAAUGUAGAAAAGCCAAUGAUUCCAGUCUGGCUCUACAGAAGGAUCUUAAGCAGCUCACGGAGAACUUCCAGAGGUUGAAGUACGCUUGCAGCAUUACCGACGGGCAACUAACAGAGGUGGAAACCAUGCUGAAAUCCGAGCAGGACCGAAAUAAAUCCCAGAAGUCUCAACUAGAAACUCUUCAUGGUAAAUUGAGAGAAAGGAAUGAUCAGUUGACUGAGCUGCGAAAGGAACUUUCUGCGAUUGAAUCAGAAAAGCGUCUUGCAGAGCAGCGCGCCCAAGUUUUAGCAUCUGAAAUUGAGGAAAUUCGUCUGAAUCUAAAAGAUCAGCAAAAGAAGUUGGUGGCGCAGCAGGAUCAGUUAAUGGAGCAGACUAACGUUCUGUUUGCCACUCAAGAACGAGCGGAUCUUCUAGAUGGCCAAAAUGCGAAUUACGAAGCCCAAACUGCAGAUUCUAAUCGGGAAAUGCUUAGCCUUAAAGAGGAAAAUGCUAGAAUUCUCAGCGAGCUUUUCCACAAGAAGGAGGAGGUGGGAAAUCUCCAGGCAGAGAUAAGGGAUUUGGAAUCUGUCCAAGCAGAUUUGCACGCAGAGAUCGAUUCUCUUCAGGACACAUUGGCAGAGAAGGAACAGUUCUAUGUGCAGCGCGACAUCAAGUCAAAUGCAACUCUUGCCCAGCAUAAAAAGCUAAUUGACUAUCUUCAGCUUAAAGUGGAAGAUCUGUCCUCUAAGAAGAAGAAAACACUGGCAGACAAGAUCUUUGGUACCAGCCACACCAACAAGGAAAAUAUGUCCCCCAACGAUGUGGAGUCUUCUAUUCUGUAUCGAGCUCUAAAGGAAGAACUAAAGCGAGAACAGAAGCUAAACACCAUGCUGAAGGAGCAGCUGGCACAAUUGAAUGGAACUGCGACAUUGCGCUCUCCUCGCAAGUCAGCGGUUGUUAACGGCGACUCCGAUGGAGUCAAGCAAAGACCAGUAAGUAUUGCUGCCUUGCCACGCUCUCCACAAAAGCAGCAACCUUUGAAGCGCACCACUAGCCAGGUGGAGUUUAAGACCACGGAGAAGCCCACCAAAUCUAUUAGUGAAGAUCACGCCCAUCAUCGUUUUGAGUUGGCCUUGCAGGACUCCAAAGUAAAUGCAGCCGACUGUGUAGUUUGUGGGCAGGCCAUCGUUGCCGGUUCCCCAUUCUGGAAAUGCAAAGAGUGCAAAGAUGUGACGCAUCGCAAAUGCCGGGCCAAUGUUCAGGGAAAUUGUGGUACGAAGCCAACUGCGCCGUCAGUUGAUGAUCUUAGCAGUAUUCCAUCUGUCUCGAGCUUAAAUUUAAAUAGUGUAGAUGUUGUUGGUGGAACAACUAGUAGCGAGUACAUGGGAUCUCUGGUUUACAGUUCAGAUGGUCCAAAUGAUCAGGAUAAAAAGGAGAUCGAAGUAAACUGCGCCUUCGAGGUGGCUGAGCAGCAAAUACUCCUCUUGGGCUGUAACACGGGAUUGUAUGCCUAUCACUUGGACUCCCAGCGACUGGUGCACAUUUCUGGCAUAGAGUCUGUGAGCUGCAUGUCCAUCUGCAAGCGUCUGGCGAAGGCUAUUAUGGUGGGCACGGUGGGAGAGAAACUUUACCAAUGUGACUAUAGGCAGCUGGAGUCGCGUUGCCAGAGUUCUAAUGCUUGUCAUAAGCCUGUGCUGGAGACUUCUGCCAUCGAACUGCCUUUCGCCAAUCGCACGCCCUCUGAGAAAUGGAAGAUGGUGCUGAUUUCGGAUGAGGCAGAGAACGCUUUGGAUUCGGUAGCCAUUGCGGCAACUUCUACAAGGAUUGUCAUCUUGAAGUACGACCUUAAGUUGCACAUGUUUAAGCCAGUCCGAGCCUUGGACACGGCCACUCCAGUUACUUCAAUAUUCUUCACACGUCAUUCAGCUAUUGUUAGUUCGGAUAAGUUUUACGAGAUCGAUUUGGACAACUAUGCAGCUGAGGAAUUUGUGGAUUUGUCAGAUAAGUCGAUGGAGAGCACUGCAAAGUGCCAGCCACUUACAGCUGUGAGGAUUUCUCGUCAGGAAUACCUUCUGUGCUUUGCCGAAUGUGGCGUCUUUGUGGAUGAGUUUGGCUGCAGAUCAAGGCCAUACGAUUUAAACUGGGUUUAUGCACCCACUGGUUUUAUUUAUCGCGAGCCCUUCUUGUUUAUUGCCCACUACCAGAGCGUACAGAUCGUGCGAUUACAUCGGUCUUUCAGCAAGGAACUGGCUAAUGGAGACAAUGCCUCCGAGACUUCUGAAUCGCCGGAGCUACAGCGCGUCUAUUUGCCCCACUAUAUGUCGACUUUAUUGGCCAACAGUGGAGAUGUCAAUCUGUAUGCCGUGGCUAUUGACCAGAGACCCUGCAAUGGAACACAAAAGAUCUAUCAUUUGGACACUAUGCAGGCGUUUAAGCAGAAGUUCAAUGUUUCAAUGGAGACCAUUUCAUCAGUGGCCACUUCCGUAACAUUGGGUUCAACGGUGACCGGUAAUAGUUUGUAAAUGGUGAAGAGUAUUUAGUAAGCAAGAGAAACAAAUCGUAUUACUACAAUCUCAGUAGUACUUAAUUUAAGGUUAAGACAUAUUAUUUUUUAUAUUGCCUAUCCUUUUUUUUGCCACAUCCCAAUCACUUGACGAAUUUCAAAUAGGAAAGGCAUUUAUAUAAUUAAAAUUACUUCUUUGUGUGUUGUAAUCACAAAUAAAACUUUGAACAUCAUUGUUUCAUUAAAUAUAAGUUUAAUGUUUAAAAACAAACGUUAUUAUCCCAAAACAUAUAUAUAUUUUAACCACUAUAAAAUAUUAAGAGCUUAUCCCAGGAAAAUAUUAUCCUAAACUUAAAUAAUCUUAAUACAUGAAUAAAAUUAUAGGUUUAAGAUAUCUAUAGGAACUUAAUAAAAAUUGAAUAUUUAAAGUUUCAAA